AUUGCUCCAUCUUCAAGACUGCAAUAAUUUUUCAACUUUACAACAAAGCCCUGAGCUGUUCUUCUAAAGACUAAGAUCACAAAAUCCGCAGAAGAUCAGAUCUUGCUGUCUCAUCUUCAUCAUCUGAAGUAGAGAAUCUUUUAAAGGAAUAUUUACUUUUAUUAAUUUAAGACCACCAAAGCUUUUUAGAUGGAUGAUUGUCGGGACAAGAGAAGAAGACGGUGUACGAAGCUGACAUGUAGUACAGAUAAUAACAACGACAUGGAGAAGAUGAUGCAUAGAGAAACUGAGAGACAAAGGAGACAAGAAAUGGCUUCUCUUUAUGCUUCUCUUCGUUCUCUUCUCCCUCUUCACUUCAUCAAGGGUAAGCGUUCGACGUCAGAUCAAGUCAACGAGGCGGUUAACUACAUAAAGUAUCUACAGAGGAAGAUCAAGGAGCUGAGUGUGAGGAGAGAUUAUCUCAUGGUACUGUCUAGAGGAAGCUUCUUGGGUAGUAGUAAUGAUGAUUCUAAGGAGGAGGUGGAGAUGAUGAGUAGGAAGAAUCAUGUGGUGGUUCGUCAGUGUUUGGUGGGUGUGGAAAUCGUAUUUAGUAGCCGCUGCUGCGGUGGCCAACCGCGGUUUUCGAGUGUUCUUCAAGUGCUUAGUGAACAUGGUCUCUGCCUUCUUAACUCCAUCUCCUCUAUUGUUGAUGAUAGGCUAAUUUACACCAUACAGGCCGAGGUCAACGAUAUGGCUUUGAUGAUUGACUUAGCAGAACUUGAAAAGAGAUUAAUCAGAAUGAAGUAAAUUCUUGUUGAGUAGGUUGCUCUAAUAACUUGUCAAGCAAACGACAUAUAUAGUUAAGUACGUACUUUAUUCGUACUUGUGAUUGUUGUGUCGUGUUCACAUCUAUCUGUAUGUAUAUAUUUCUAUUCCAUCUGAUUGUCAUUAGCUCAUUUAGUUGUUUAUAGAUCGGAAAAUUAUGUUUCCCAUAA